AUGACCCUAAUAAAAUCACUCAAAAUUAAUUGGCUUUCGCCCCAAAGAAUUAAUCAACUCUCAUUUGGUAGCAUUACCAGCCAUAAAACUAUUAAUAUUCGCACGCUCAAGCCUGAACCUGGAGGACUUUUUGACCCCCGUAUAUUCGGUCCUUUUCUCAAUUAUGAAUGUUAUUGUGGUAAAUAUAAAGGCAAAGAAAACAAAGGACAAAAAUGUGAACGAUGUGAAGUUUUCAUCGCCGAAAAAAAUUUACAAAGGUGGCGAAUGGGACACAUUUCUCUCCCGGUGCCAAUAACUAAUAUUGUGCUCUUUAAAGCCUUAGCGACUAAUUUAAGCAAAUUAUUGGGCAUUCCUACUAAGAAAUUAGAAGAUAUUAUUUACCUGCGAGCCUAUAUCGUGAUUGAUAAUGGUUUACUUAAUUCGCUAAAAAAGGGUGAAAUUUUAGAAAAAAGGAUUGACCGAGCCUUAAUUGGUGAUAUUCUUCAAGAAAUUAUUCAAGAGAAGAAAUUAGAUGAGAACAUUAUUAAAGAAGCCGAAGAAUUAAACGAGAAAAUCACUAAAAAGCCUAAUAAAGGUGAGGAGGAUGCUGCCGACAUCAUUUUUUUGGAAGAUUAUUUAGACUUCUUGGAAGAAAAUUGCGGAGUAAAAAUCUGA